AUGGCAGCAACUAUGACAUCACAGCACCACGCAUCAUCACUAUGUCAUCACCGCAGGAUCAGCGGGGCACCCGGGCAACACGUGGGCUCCUUGGUUCAUGUCAUGUGGAUAGUGAUGAUGGGAUUUACUCCAGAAACCUGGGCCUCCUCAGAAACCCAACCUCAUUCCAUAAAGAUAGAGGGUGACAUCACUCUGGGAGGCCUUUUUCCAGUGCAUUCCAGGGGCCCCGCUGGUGUUCCAUGUGGGGAAAUCAAGAAGGAGAAAGGGAUCCAUCGUAUGGAGGCCAUGUUGUAUGCACUAGACCAGAUCAACAGCGACCCUGACCUGCUGCCAAACAUCACUCUGGGUGCCAGGAUACUGGACACGUGCUCCAGGGAUACGUAUGCGCUGGAACAGUCCCUCACCUUUGUCCAGGCCCUCAUCCAGAAGGACAACUCAGAUGUCCGAUGUUCCAAUGGAGAACCGCCUAUCAUCCCAAAACCGGAGCGAGUGGUAGGGGUCAUCGGGGCUUCGGCCAGCUCAGUGUCCAUAAUGGUGGCCAAUGUUCUUCGUCUAUUUGCGAUACCUCAGAUCAGUUAUGCUUCAACAGCACCUGAGCUUAGUGACAACAAUCGCUAUGACUUUUUCUCCCGAGUCGUGCCGCCUGAUUCCUUCCAAGCCCAGGCGAUGGUAGACAUCGUCAAAGCCAUGGGCUGGAACUAUGUUUCUACUCUGGCAUCUGAGGGCAACUAUGGAGAGAGUGGUGUAGAUGCUUUCAUCCAGAUAUCCAGGGAAGCAGGAGGUCUUUGCAUCGCACAGACUAUUAAAAUUCCUAGGGAGCCAAGACCAGGAGAGUUUGACAAGAUCAUCAAAAGGCUAAUGGAGACAUCCAAUGCCAGAGGGGUUAUUAUCUUCGCUAAUGAAGAUGACAUCAAGCGUGUCCUGGAAGCAGCAAAAAAAGCCAAUCUUACAGGUCACUUUUUGUUUGUGGGAUCUGAUAGCUGGGGAGCAAAAAACUCACCCAUUCUAAACCUGGAAGAUGUGGCUGAGGGUGCGGUUACUAUCCUCCCCAAGCGGGCAUCCAUUGAUGGGUUUGACCAGUACUUCACAACAAGAUCACUGGAAAACAACAGGAGGAACAUCUGGUUCGCUGAGUUCUGGGAGGAUGACUUUAAAUGCAAACUGACACGGCCUGGAAUCCGAGGCAACAGCGGGCUGAGGAAAUGCACAGGAGAGGAACGAAUCAGCCGGGAUUCGGCAUAUGAGCAGGAAGGGAAGGUGCAGUUUGUGAUUGACGCCGUGUACGCCAUGGCCUAUGCACUCCAUAGCAUGCACAUUGACCUCUGUCCAGGUUCGAUGGGCAUUUGUGACAAAAUGGACCCGGUGGAUGGAAGAAUGCUGCUGAGUUACAUCCGUGCCGUCAAUUUUAAUGGCAGUGCUGGGACAGGUGUGAUGUUUAAUGAAAACGGUGAUGCCCCAGGACGAUACGAUAUCUUCCAGUACCAGCUUUCUAAUACCACCAACUCGGGAUAUAAAAUCAUUGGCCAGUGGACCAACCACUUACGACUCAAUGCUGAAGACAUGCAGUGGUCUGGAGGGGAUAAACUGGUUCCAGACUCGGUUUGCAGUUUUCCCUGCGAGUCUGGGGAGAGGAAGAGGAUGGUGAAGGGUGUGCCGUGCUGCUGGCACUGUGAGCUAUGUGACGGCUAUCAGUACCUCCUGGAUGAGUUUAACUGCGAUACGUGCCCCUUUGACAUGAGGCCCACUCCUAACCGCACAAGCUGCCGUCCCACUCCCAUCAUUAAGCUGGAGUGGAGCUCUCCGUGGGCCAUCAUCCCAGUAUUUCUGGCAGUGCUGGGCAUUCUUGCUACAUCUGGAGUCAUCAUCACCUUCAUCCGCUUUAACGAUACCCCCAUAGUCCGCGCUUCGGGCCGAGAGCUCAGCUAUGUUCUCCUGACAGGCAUCUUCCUCAUCUAUCUUAUUACCUUUCUCAUGAUCGCUGAGCCGAGCACGGUGGUCUGUGCAUUUCGCAGGCUGUUUUUGGGGCUGGGCAUGAGCAUCAGUUAUUCUGCCAUGCUCACCAAAACAAAUCGGAUCUACAGGAUCUUUGAGCAGGGAAAGAAAUCAGUCACACCACCAAAAUUUAUCAGCCCGUCAUCCCAGCUGAUCAUCACAUUUAUUUUGAUCUCAGUACAGCUCCUGGGUGUUUUCAUUUGGUUUGGAGUGGUUCCCCCUCACACGACUGUCGACUUUGAUGAGUUACGUCCCCCCAACCCUGAGUAUGCACGUGGGAUCCUGAAAUGUGAUAUGUCAGAUCUGUCUCUGAUUGGCUGUCUGAGCUACAGUAUGGUGCUGAUGGUCACAUGUACAGUCUAUGCCAUUAAGAGCAGAGGGGUUCCUGAGACCUUCAAUGAGGCCAAACCCAUCGGCUUCACCAUGUACACCACCUGUAUCAUCUGGCUGGCCUUUGUGCCCAUAUUUUUUGGCACAUCACAAUCCACAGAAAAGAUGUUCAUUCAGACCACCACGCUGACCGUGUCCAUGAGUUUGAGCGCCACGGUGUCCCUGGGCAUGUUGUACAUCCCCAAAGUCUAUGUCAUCAUCUUCCACCCAGAGCAGAAUGUUCAGAAGCGCAAGCGCAGCUUCAAAGCCGUGGUCCAGGCAGCCACCGUUUCCACUCAUCUCUCACAGAAAUCCAGCGACAAGCAGAACGGAGAGACCAAAGUUGAACCAGAUAGAUCCAAAUAAAGACCAAGUAUUUGUUUAUUAACAGAAAUAUAACAUGUGCUAUCUGUGUUCAGGGCUGUGUACAUCUUAAUGAAGUAGUCUGAGAAAUAGUCAAGGCAAACUGCUGCUUGCUAAAUCAUUCAUUUUGCAACCACUAAUGGAUGAGGAUCACCAGAAGAUGCGCUGAUUUUUUUUUUAUAUCUGCAAUACAAGAGUCUGGGUGAGAAAAACACUAAUAUAAUGUGUAAAUGAAUAGUACAAUAUGUGCAGAAAUUAGAGGAUCAAUGGAUUCUUUGUGAUGUGGAACUCUCACAUCAGCUUUGAGACUGAAAAUAUGUGUUCCCUUUAAUAUUUCCCUUGUCAUCACGGCAUCACCAAUUGAGUUAAAAUUAUAGAUUCAUGAAUUGAUGACGAAGAAGACAUCAGUGUCCAUACAGGGUCCCUUUGGAGAAAAAAAAACAACAAAAAACAAUAGAAAAUUUCUUCCACCAGCAUUUUUUGAAGGACUAAGUGUUUGUAUCUGAUGUGUCCAAAUGAAAUCGGACUUAAACUUGGGCACACAUCAGUGAGACACGUUCAGUUUCAAUGUCAUAUCCAUCCUUGUCCCCUUAUCCUAAAUAUAUAUCAUAAAAGAUCAAACGAGACUAUCAGAGCUACAAAGACAAUGUUGGGAUCAGAUGUGUUUCAACAGCUGGAGUGAACACUCUUUGAACUCUUUGCUUUUAAAAAUGUGCCAUAACUUUUUUUCAAAAUAAAUGUUUUAAGUGUCUUGUGUGCAGUCCUCAUAGGCAAUAUCCUGUAUUCUUAAACAUAUUUAUUAAAAAUUAUAGAAAAGCUAUGACAAUCUGUAAUGAAACAACAAAGUUUUGGUCAGAGGUUUUAUGUUUCCUUGAGCUUACCAAGUGAUACUGUUUUUAAACCAAAUAUAUUCUAUUGAUAAGUAUUUAUUGGUUAAUUUAAAUUAAAAUCAUAACAUUUUAGAGACUGAGAUCCUUUUAUGUCACAUGCAGCUGGCUUUCAGCGAAAGUUACUCGUAUCUUAGUAAAGCGUGGGGAGGGGGACCAUGCAUUUUAGUUUAAUUACUUGUACCACUUCAAGAAGCAGUUAUUAUUAAAUGAUGACCAUGCAGUUACUGUAAACUCAGGUUCUAAGUUGGCUUAGUUAGCCUUGAUAUUUUUUGUUGAUGUCUUGUUUUAAUUUAAGAAAUAUAAAAGAGCACUGGAAUAAAAAUGUA